AUGUAUGGAAUGAUGAAUGCUGCAGGAAGAUGGAGCUCUGUGCGGAUGUUUGUGCUCUUUGUGCUGCUGGAGUGUUACUGGGAAGCGGUGUGCAGCCAGCUCUCUUACUCUGUGGCGGAGGAGGUGAAUGCGGGGACCGUUGUGGGGAACAUUGCUAAGGAUUUGAACCUAAACGUCCAGGAUUUGGAGUCCCGAAUGUUUCAGAUCGUUGAAAGAACCAAGAGGAAAUAUUUGGAGGUAAACCUAAAGACUGGAGUCCUCUAUGUUAAUGAGAGAAUAGAUCGAGAGGAACUGUGUGGAGACCAAUCUAAAUGUUCACUCAGUGUAGAGGCUGUGAUUAAUAAUCCGUUAAAACUGUACCGUAUUGAAAUUACAAUAUUAGAUGUAAAUGACAAUUAUCCUUCAUUUUUGAAAAAUGUUCAGGUAUUAAAUAUUAGUGAGAAUGCAGCAGCGAGAGCAAAAUUUCCUCUGAAUGCAGCUCAUGACGCAGAUGUUGGUAAAAAUACAGUAAAUUAUUACAAGCUCAGUCCAAACGAAUAUUUCUCUCUUGAGUCACACAACGGAGAAAGUGUGAUGCCAGAAUUAGUGCUUCAACGUCUUUUAGACCGAGAAAAACAGCCCCUGAUCAAACUCACAUUGACUGCUAUUGAUGGAGGAACACCAGCUAAAUCAGGAACUAUGACUAUUGUUGUCAAUGUACUGGACAGUAAUGAUAACACUCCUGUAUUCAGUCAAAGUCUAUACAAAGCUACAAUAUAUGAGAAUGUUAAGAUUGGCACGUCAAUAAUAACAUUAAAUGCUACUGAUUUAGAUGCAGGACAAAAUGGACAAGUGUUCUAUUCUUUCAGUGAAGGAGGUAGAAGGAAACAGCCAAAUAUGUUCUCAAUUGAUGAAAAAACUGGAUUAGUAACAAACAAACAAAAUAUUGAUUUUGAAGAAACGAAUGCAUUUGAGCUUAGAGUACAAGCUCGCGAUGGUGCCCCCUCCCCUCUAAACUCACAUACCAAAUUGUUAAUAGAAGUUUUAGAUGUCAAUGACAAUGCCCCUGAAAUUUCAGUGACAUCAUUGUUAAACACAGUGAGAGAAGAUGCAACAAUUGGAACUGCCAUUGCAAUUGUCUCUGUGUUGGACAAAGAUGGAGGUAAAAAUGGUUUGGUGCACAGUACAAUUAACAACAAUGUGCCUUUUAAACUUGAGUCAAAUUAUAAGAAUUCAUAUUCUUUAGUUGUUGAUGGUCCUCUUGACAGAGAGAGUGUAUCUAUGUACACUAUUAGCAUCACUGCAACUGAUGAAGGAAGUCCACCUCUGUCCAGCACCAGUGUUAUUAAUGUGCACAUCUCAGAUGUUAAUGACAACCCGCCUCACUUCUCAGAGCCCCUCAUUAAUGUUUACAUCAAAGAAAAUAGUCCACCAGGAGCAGUAAUUCAUAGAGUGACUGCAGUUGAUGAUGACAUUGAUCAAAAUGCGCGAGUAAGUUAUGCAUUUGUACAAAGUAGCACUGACUCCAUGCCACUAACUACAAUGAUAAACAUCAACUCAGAGAGUGGAGAUAUAGUCAGUUUGCAGUCCUUUGACUAUGAAAAGUUAAGUACAUUCCAGUUUAAAGUUCAGGCCACAGACUCUGGUGUUCCUCCACUCAGCAGCAACGUGACUGUGAAUGCUUUUAUCCUGGAUGAGAAUGACAACAGUCCCACCAUUCUGGCGCCAUAUUCUGAGCACAGCUCCAUUAACAGUGAGAGCAUCCCCUACUCUGCUGAAGCGGGAUACUUUGUGGCAAAGAUCAGGGCUGUAGACGCAGACUCUGGAUACAAUGCACUGCUCUCCUAUCACCUGUCUGAGCCCAAAGGCAACAACAACAACAACCUCUUCCGGAUCGGAACCAGCACCGGGGAGAUUCGCACCAAGAGGAGAAUGAGUGACAAUGACCUGAAAAGUCACCCCUUGGUGGUGUCGGUGUGUGAUCAUGGAGAAGCCUCCCUGUCAGCUACUGUGUCUAUUGAUGUGGUGGUGCUUGAAAGCACAGCUGACAUCCACACUCAGUUCAGACAUGUGCCCAUAAAGGAGGAUAACUUCUCCGACUUACACCUGUACCUGCUCAUCGCCAUUGUGGCCGUGUCACUCAUCUUUCUGCUCAGCCUCAUCACUUUAGUAGCCGUCAGAUGCCACAGACAGACAGACGGCACUUUCGGCAGGUACGGCGCCCCCAUGAUCACCACCCAUCCUGACGGGAGCUGGUCUUACUCCAAAGCUACUCAGCAGUAUGACGUGUGUUUCAGCUCAGACACACUCAAGAGUGACGUAGUGGUUUUCCCCGCCCCCUAUCCACCUGUAGAUGCUGAAUUGAUCAGUAUUAAUGGAGGAGACACCUUUACCAGGACUCAGACUUUACCUAACACUGAUAAGUGUUACUGGGAAGCGGUGUGCGGCCAGCUCUCUUACUCUGUGGCGGAGGAGGUGAAUGUAGGGACCGUUGUGGGGAAUAUCGCUAAGGAUUUAAGCCUAAACGUCCAGGAUUUGGAGUCCCGCAUGUUUCAGAUCGUUCCGAGAGGGAAGAAGACCUUUUUGGAGGUAAACCUAAAGACUGGUGCCCUCUACGUCAAUGAGAGAAUAGAUCGAGAGGAACUAGAGAGUGUAUCUAUGUACACUAUUAGCAUCACUGCAACUGAUGAAGGAAGUCCACCUCUGUCCAGCACCAGUGUUAUUAAUGUGCACAUCUCAGAUGUUAAUGACAACCCGCCUCACUUCUCAGAGCCAAUUAUUAAUGUUUACAUCAAAGAAAAUAGUCCAACAGGAGCAGUAAUUCAUAGAGUGACUGCAGUUGAUGACGACAUUGAUCAAAAUGGGCGAGUGAGUUAUUCUUUUGUUCAAAGUAGCACUGACUCCAUGCCACUAACUACAAUGAUAAACAUCAACUCAGAGAGUGGAGAUAUAGUCAGUUUGCAGUCCUUUGACUAUGAGAAGUUAAAGACGUUCCAGUUUAAAGUUCAGGCCACAGACUCUGGUGUUCCUCCACUCAGCAGCAACGUGACUGUCAAUGUUUUUAUCCUGGAUGAGAAUGACAACAGUCCCACCAUUUUGGCACCAUAUUCUGAGCACAGCUCCAUUAACAGUGAGAGCAUCCCCUACUCUGCUGAAGCGGGAUACUUUGUGGCAAAGAUCAGGGCUGUAGACGCAGACUCUGGAUACAAUGCACUGCUCUCCUAUCACAUGUCUGAGCCCAAAGGCAACAACAACAACCUCUUCCGGAUCGGAACCAGCACCGGGGAGAUUCGCACCAAGAGGAGAAUGAGUGACAAUGACCUGAAAAGUCACCCCUUGGUGGUGUCGGUGUGUGAUCAUGGAGAAGCCUCCCUGUCAGCUACUGUGUCUAUUGAUGUGGUGGUGCUUGAAAGCACAGCUGACAUCCACACUCAGUUCAGACAUGUGCCCAUAAAGGAGGAGAACUUCUCCGACUUACACCUGUACCUGCUCAUCGCCAUUGUGGCCGUGUCACUCAUCUUUCUGCUCAGCCUCAUCACUUUAGUAGCCGUCAGAUGCCACAGACAGACAGACGGCACUUUCGGCAGGUACGGCGCCCCCAUGAUCACCACCCAUCCUGACGGGAGCUGGUCUUACUCCAAAGCUACUCAGCAGUAUGACGUGUGUUUCAGCUCAGACACACUCAAGAGUGACGUAGUGGUUUUCCCCGCCCCCUAUCCACCUGUAGAUGCUGAACUGAUCAGUAUUAAUGGAGGGGAUACCUUUACCAGGACUCAGACUUUACCUAACACUGAUAAGAGUCUGGUGGUUCAGAGACGUAGAACUCCUCCCAGGGAGAAAAAAAAACAGGCUGAUAGGGGCUGGUCUUUGUGA